GCAAGGAAUCUCCGAGAUCACCCUGCACCUCCACCGCAGCGAGCGUGUUCAGACGCACCCGACAGGGCUGCGUGUGAAACGACACUUGCUGAAGAUGUAAAUGCCUCUGUGUUCAGAAUGUCAGCGCAGGAGCUUGCCACGCGGCUCUGCAAGGAAGGGGACCAGCACCUAGCUAUGGAUGAGCUGCCACUAGCCACAGCUUUCUACAUGGCUGCAUUCAGCUGCAGUGCACUCCUGGCAGUGCAGAAAGUAAAGUCCCUUGGGAAGGGGCCCUGGGAGAAAGUGAUAGCUACCCUGGAGACGUGGUGCACAGGCAGAAGUCAGAUUCCCAGGAUACACUGCAACAACUUGGCCAUUGUGUCACUCAACAUGGGAAUAGCUGCAGUCUUCCUAUCCGCCCUAAGCCCCAACAACUUGGCUUCCUCUGUAUUCAAGCUGGAGGCCAUGCUCAGGCAGGGGCGCUAUGAAGAGGUGGUAAGCCGGUGCAAUGCCCUGCUCAGCACUCAUCCCAAAUACUCAGUGGAGCUGCUGCUGACGAGGGCUUUGGCCUGGGUGCUGUCGGGGACGCAAUCUGGGAACGGAGUUGUGGACUAUAUCCAAGCUUUCGUGACACACCGGGCUGAGACGGUGGCAUAUGUACGCAGCAGGCAGAGGGAACACCUGCCACUGGUGAUCCAGACCUUCUCUGAUUACCUCUCAGUGCACCGGGAGACGGGCCCAAAUAGCAGGGCCUUGGAUGGCCAGUUGGGUGACUGUUAUGACUUCCUCGUUGCCGUGGCACCGAAUGGCAUCCAGGUAUGCCGGGCACAGGCCGCGUACCUCUAUGAGAAACAUAAAUUCGAGGAGUGUGUGGCAGUUUACAGCAAGGCUAUGGAGGCCUUAUCUGCUGGUAACAAGCUCGGAGAUGAGAGAGCUCUGGGUGUCCUCCUAGGCCGGGCCGCUGCUUACUUCUCCUUGGGUGGGCGGACACGGGAGAUGAUGCAGGACUUGAUAGACGCCUUCAAGAUAAGCCCUGGCCAAGCGAAGCAGCACUUUGAUGAGCUUUUCUCAUCUUGCGACACUGAGAGCAUUAAAGAACAGGCCAGAGCUGUCCUGGAUGUAGAGUUUGCGGCCUACAGGGAAGCUGUGCGUACUCGGCCUGAGCUCCGAGAGGAUGCUGGCACAGAACUGCUUUCCCCAGUCAUCCACACUCUCCAGUUCCUCAUUCAGAUCGCCCCAAGGUCCAGGCGUGAGCUGAGUGUCCGGCUGGCAGAUUGCCAGCUGCUGAGCAGGCAUGUCAACAGCGCUCUGAAGAUCUGCAGCCACCUCUUGGAGUCUGACCAGAAUACUUAUUACAACAGCCUCCUGGUCCUGCGAGGGUUUUGUUACCUCCACGCCAAUGACUGUCAGCAAGCCCUGCCGGACUUCCAGAAGGUCAUCGAGCAUGACUCCCCACACCCCAACAGUUGUGUGAAAGCCCUGUGCGGGCGGGGACUUAUCCGGAUUUUGGGUGGCAGUCCUUACCUCACGGCCCUGGAUUAUAUCACUGCCUGUCGACUGAGAUUAGACGAAACCCUCCUCACUGUCAAGUCCUAUGUGCCCUGGAACCAAAGAGGGCUGCUCCUGAAGGUGCUCCAGGAAGAAGGGCAGAAGAUACUCCAGAAAAAGCCAUCUCCAAAAGGCAGCUCAGCCUUCAGGCAAAAGAAAGGAGCAGGACUGAAUGGAUUCCUGACAAAAGAAGGGGACGCCUUCGGGGUUCACCAGCUGGCUUCUCUCUUGAUGGAGCUGGACCCUUCUGAUGAAACAUCUCAGAUCCUGUGUGCCGAUGCCCUGUACCAGCUGGAUCGGGUGGAAGAAGCUCACAGAAUCCUCUUGGUAGCCCUCUCUAGGAAUCCCCAGAGGUCUCCCAUCCUAGCAAGGCUGGCGCUGCUGCAGCUGAAGAAAGGCUUCUUGUAUGAUGGGACUCAGUUGCUAAAGAAAGUGAUCCAAAUCGGAGACACUUCCUGCCUCCUGCUGAUCAUGGAUAUUUUCAAAGACGAAGACCGGAAGCUGAUGCAAACUCACUGCCACUCCAGGGCUAUGACCAUCCUGAAGAAUAAACAGGGAGAUACUUACGUCAAAGAAGCUAUUGCCAACCUUUCCUUUGCUAUCAUUGCAUCAGGUGGCUACGCUGAAGAAUCCCUUCUCACCAGGGCCCGAUGUUAUGGACACCUUGGCCAGAAGAAAACCGCUAUUUUUGAUUUUAAUGCCAUCCUGAAGGAGGACCCUAGAAACAUACAGGCCCUGAGCGGAAGGGGAUUCAUUUACCUGGCCCUGAACCAGCAAAAGGAGGCAGUGCAGGAUUUGACUUCAGCCCUCAAAGAGGAUGCAGCAGUGGUAAUCCCAGAGAUCCUAUCCUUAAAGCAUGAAGCCCAAGUGCUCAUCACUCAGUGGCUACUUGACCACUGCAGGACUGUGUUAACCGAACUUGUGGCCAAUAAGGACCUUCCAAAGGAAGAGACUCUCAAGGAUCUCAUUGUGAUUGGUGGAUCUUUAAUUAAAAUUAACAGCAAGGAAGCAAGAUGUCACAUCUUAUAUACAGACAUCUUAAUUGCAGGUGGGAGGUACGAGAACGCCCUUCUACACCUUCAGGAGUCGUUUGGCCAGGCGAUAGCCGACACAUCUGCCAACGCUCGACUUGCAGUGCUGCAACUGAAGAGGAGCAACAUGCUGCCUGCUGCUCGCUCCUUGAGCACUUUAGCGAAGAAAGGCCCCGGGGAGCUGGGAUUCCUCUUGAACUUUUUAGACGCUAAGCAACGACAGACCCUCUCGCAGGUAGCUGCCCAGGAAGGAAAUGCAUUGAUUAAGGACUAUCACUAUGAGACGGCUCUAAAUUAUUACUCACUGGCUAUCUUAACAAGCAACAAUAAUCCGCGCUACCUUCGGCAACGUGCUGCCUGCCUAAUGCACCUGAAGGAAUAUGGACAGGCUUUAAAGGACGUGGACAAGGUGAUCCAGAAACACGAGUCUCAUGGCCUGAGAGCUCAAGUGGAGGACCACUGCUCAAAGGGGCAGAUACUCUUAUCACUUGCAGACACAGAAGCCGCAGUUAAACAGUACAUUCGGGCAUUGCAACUAGACCAGUCACUGGCCUUGUGCAGCAUCACUAAUGGCCCCGGUAGGAAAUUUUUGGCCCAAACAUUUCACCAAAUUGCACGACAUUAUUUUGAAAUUCCCCGUUAUGAAGAAGCCUGGAAAACUGUGGAUUAUGGUCUGAUAAUUGACAAAAACAAUAAUGAACUCAAGAAACUAAAAACAAGAAUUAAACGAGAGGCAUCCGGGUGCAGCGUUCAUUAAUCUGUUCGGUUUUGCCCAAGGAUCCAUUGGCUAUGGUUUUUGUUUAUGUGAGAACAAAGGAGAGGGUUAGAAGUUUACCAUAUACAGCACAAUCCAAUUAAUGUUCUGAGUAUCUUUUAUAUGCACACUGCAUUGCAUGGCACAAUAUGAACUCUGUACUGUGUACAGCAAAAUCAAGGGAUUCAAUGCAGCAAGUUACAAACAGAGCAAAACUGACCUAGAAAUUCAAGUAAAGGAAAGAUCAAGGAGUGCAAACUUCAAUAUCCAGUAUCUUUUUCAAUUAUUUUUGACACGUUUAUUAAAAUUUAAGAUAGUCUAAAAAUUAAUUCUGGCUAGCACAUAGUCUUCUAUCAGAUUGAAGGGAAAUUCUAAAUGGCUGUGCAAAGUUUGUGAAUAAUUACUGUAUUAAUAUACUAUCAACUGCUAUUAUUUUCUUUACCGUUAACAUUCUUUAGCUGUCUCAAGAGGUCCUGUGCGGUACAUGUCAAAUGUGGAGGUCAAAUGGAAGCAUUAUGCCUGUUGCAGCAAAUAAGACAUUUGCUAUGCAUUUUAUGUUUAUCAUUGGUAUUCAGUCUUGCCAAUAACCCAAUCCUGAGAGAAGGGGGUUUGAGAGUGCUCAGCACCUUUACCGAGCAGACCACAAAUGCUUUCUAGAGACAAUUGCUCGUAGGCUAAAGAGACAAGGAAGAUUUAAAAUAAGCAAUUUAACAAUAUACCUUCUUCAUUGGUUCACAGGACAAUCAUAGAAAGAGCUCAAUAUACAGACUGGGGUGGGCAAACUUUUUGGCCCGAAGGCCACAUCUGGGCAUGGAAAUUGUAUGACAGGCCGUGAAUGGUCAUGGUUCCCAGCCAAUGGGAGCUGCAGGGGCAGCACUUGGGGCAGGGGCAGUGUGUGGAGUUCUCUGGCUGCCCCUCCAUGUAGGAGCCGUAGGGGCGACAUGCCACUGCUGCCGGGAGCCGCACGGACCCACGACACAUGCGGAGCAGGGCAAGCACGGAUCCCACUCCCUGGCGGGAGCUCGAGGGCUGGAUUCAAACGUCUGAAGGGCGAAUACCACUAUAUAAAUGUUAUAUAAGGAUAACCUGAGGCUAUUGGUCUGUAUCGGGGUGGGCAAUCAGGUCAGGGCCAUGCUGUGCUAGGGGCUGUACAAUUGUAUAGCAAAUGACAGCCCCUGCACCAAAGAGCUUGCAAUCUAAGAGACAAGACACAACAGGCUGAUGGAAUUCCACUGGACCAAAUAGAAAACACAGUGCAGAGAAUGGUGCAUUGGUGGGGAAUGGACCAGACAAAAACCUUUCUGGUCGGCAUCCACUUUGCAUCUAGAGUGAGUGCACAAAGUGCAGAGCAAUGACACACGGGGCCCCAGAAUAGCAGUGCUUUAUAUUCACUUUGCACUGGUGUAACCAGUGACUCCAGGUGGCCUCUUCCUUCUCCAAUACCAAUGAGUCCAUGAAAUGGGACAAUAUAAUUGGGGGGGGGGGGCAGGGAGAAUAAAAAUCUGCUGUUGUAAACAAACUUCAAAGCCAUCCUGGAAAACAUGACAGUUGCUUUCCUAUUUUGAUUUCGAUUAGAAGGGGAUCAGAACAAAUUCACCCUUUUGUGAUGAAUUUACAUUGUUUACGGAACGACAAUAUUCCAGAAUAAAACUGCAUCCGACUCCCAAGGAACCAACCCAGCAGCCAGUGAACGUGACUGUAACCUUUUGACAUAACUAUUUUUUCUACCUUCAGAGCACAGGGAGGGUCAGUUUGGGUUUCUUUUCAUUUUCAAGGUCAAGAAAGUUUCCUAUGAAUUUACUGCUGGAGACACUGGUAAGUAAUUAUAACUCCUGAUUGGCAUCAAAAAGCCAUAGAACAGCUUCUUCCCAAGCAUGAAAUUAUAUUUUUUAGACUAAUGGUGGCUACACUUGCAAGCUGAAAGGAAUAGCCUGGCUUGCAGAGAAUACUGAUUCUUCUUCUGCAGCAAAACCACCAUUAAGAGGUUUACAGCACGUCAUUUUGGGGAGUAUUUGGGGGGAAUUGGUUUGUUGUUGUUGUUUGGAUUCACUGAACUAAUGAGUCACAUCACAGCCUCCUGACAUCAGUUUUCCUGUUUGCAUGUCCUUUCUUAAUUGCUGUUUCUGUGCUGAACAAGUGGUGUUAGUCAGCCGAUCGCUUCUCUCUUUAGCAAGUUUGCACCUUUCAUGGCAUUUGCGGGGCUGCUGUCCAAUGACGCUGCAUGUGUUCCCUGUUGCUUGCAAUUUGCUGCUUGUAAAGACAAUUUAAUGUUGGUGAAGGUGCCACAUAGAUAUCCCUAAAGAAUGAAGGCCUGGAGGCCUCUCCAGAAGCAAUACACAGGUACCCAAGUUUCCCUAGCCUGUAUUAACUUCAUUCUGAGAGUCCACAGGUCAGAUUUUUUUCUCUCAAUUAUCACUGGUGUAUAUCAGGAUUAAUUCCAGUGUAAAACCUGUAUGAGACUCAGGCUCCACACCUCUUGGGAGUGGUUGGGGGAAAGACCUGGACAGCUCGUUCAGCCCUUGGGCCCUCUGCUGAGGGCAGUGUGUUGCCAACCCUCACAAUUUGUUACAAACCUCACAAUAAUUGGUGUUUUCCCUUAAAGCUCCAGCUCCCAGUGCCAUGUGAAUCUCAGCUUGCAUUUUUGAUGUAAAUAUCUCAUCCUCAAGGCUGCUGAGAAGCAUGAAAAUGGGGCCUCAGCAGAGCCUAAAGGCUCAAAAGCCAGAAGGCAAAUAGCAAACCAGAAGCUUUAGCCAGGUUCUUUGAAUAUUAACCUGAUUCCAACUAAGUAACGUCUGAUGUAGGAUGUCAAUGUUUUAUUGUAA